CAUUGUAAUAAUUUUGAAUUCUUAUAAAGGAUGGGGAUGGAACUGUGUCUACCAAGGAAUUGGGAGCUGUAAUGAGAUCUAUUGGUUCAAAUCCAACAGAAGAAGAAAUAGAAGAAAUGAUUGAUGACGCAGAUGCUGACGGUUCAGGUUCUGUUGAUUUUGUAGAAUUUGUUGAACUAAUGAUAAAGAGAGAAUCUGAGAAAGAGACCCCAGAAGAUUUGAAGCAGGCGUUUAGAGUCUUUGAUAAGGAUGGUAACGGCUAUGUUUCUACGUCGGAGUUAAAAUAUGUAUUACACAGGCUUGGAGUUUUGUUCACAGACAACGAGCUCCAGGAGAUGGUUCAGGAAGCAGAUAUAGAUGGUGAUCAGCAUAUCAGCUUCGAUGAAUUCAGGUCAACUUCAGUUACUUCAGUUACUUCCCCCACUAGCAUAUCAGCUUCGAUGAAUUCAGGUCAACUUCAGUUACUUCAGUUACUUCAGUUACUUCCCCCACUAGCAUAUCAGCUUUGAUGAAUUCAGGUCAACUUCAGUUACUUCAGUUACUUCCCCCACUAGCAUAUGAGCUUUGAUGAAUUCAGGACAACUUCAGUCACUUCUUAGAAAUAAUCCCAUAUCUUUAUCAAAUUAUCUUUAUCGAAAUAUCUUUUUCAACAAAUCCGUCACUUUUCCCGGAAACUGUUUUUUUUGUUCUCGUAAAUAUCGUGGCGUACAUUGAAGGAUGACACAUUCAGAAAAAUUUUCUUUAAGAUUCUAUUUGAUCUGAAAAAAAUGUAAACAAAAUCUUCAAAAAAUUCGAUUUUUCGGCAAACACACAACAGUUAAUUUAACGUCAUAGAAAUAGAAUUCGAUUAUUCUGGCAUUAUUUAAAAAAAGUGAGCAAUACCUCUAAAGUGAAGGAAUUAACAAAAAUAUGCCCAAUAACCUUUAUUUUAUUAAGUUAAUUUUUAUGUUUUAAAUACCCUAUUAAUUAAAGCCAACACCAGUUAAAAAUUACAAAUGAAAUCAAAUUUAAUUAAAGGGACUUUAAGCUUAAUUUAAAGUGACCCUUUAUGCAAAGAGGCCGUGUGUAAAUUUAAAGGACCCCGCUUGUAUUCAGCUGCAAUUGGGUACAUGCACGAACUCAACCCAGAGUAAACUGAAAAUUGCAGCUGAAAUCUUGCGGUUUUCGAUAAGUUUACACACACAUAUCUCUGUAAUAGACGAACACCCAAAGGUUUGAAGGGGACCGUUGAAAAUCGGACACUACCCUCUUAACAUGAAGUGUAACUUGAAAUUACGUUUACAGUCCCUUCAAAGAAUUUCAUUUCCUUGAAUUUUAUUUAUUUCUUAGUAUUAUGUUGUUGUAAAGCUGGGAUAUAGUUUGAUCAAUAUGCAGAAUUACUGCAGUAAAACCAACAACCUUAAUUAUCAUUAUUCAAUGAUUCACAAAUACAAUAUUACCCAUGAAAGAUGAGACUUUCAGGGAUAGUUUAAGUAAUUUCAUGAGACCCUCAAUAAAUAGGGUGGCAUAUCAGAUUCAAAACGCGACGUACCCUUCCA